AUGAAAAACUCUACAGAAGUAACAGAGUUUAUCCUCUUGGGAUUGUCAGAUGAUCCGAAGUUUCAGGUAGUGAUUUUUGUUUUUCUGCUCAUUACCUACGUGCUCAGCAUCACUGGGAACCUGACCAUUAUCACCUUGACUCUGUUGGAUCCCCACCUCCAGACCCCCAUGUAUUUCUUCCUAAGGAAUUUCUCCUUAUUAGAAGUUUCAUUCACCACUGUCAGUAUACCCAAGUUCUUGAGCACCAUUAUUACAGGAGAUAAAACUAUUUCCUUUAGUGAUUGCAUGGCUCAGUUAUUUUUCUUCAUUCUCCUGGGAGUAACUGAAUUUUACCUUCUGGCUGCCAUGUCCUAUGACCGCUAUGUGGCCAUCUGCAAACCCUUGCAUUAUAUGACCAUCAUGAAUAAUCGAGUGUGCAUACUGCUUGUCUUUUUAUCUUGGCUAGCUUCAUUCUUAAUCAUAUUCCCAUCACUCAUGCUAUUCAUCCGGCUUGACUACUGUAGGUCUAAUGUUAUUGACCACUUUACCUGCGAUUACUUCCCAUUAUUACACCUUUCUUGCUCAGACACAAAGUUCCUAGAGUUAGCAGGAUUUUCCUGUGCUGUUUUUACUUUAAUGUUCACUUUAGCAUUAAUAAUUAUGUCGUACAUAUACAUCAUCAGAACAAUUUUGAAAAUUCCUUCUACUAGUCAAAGGACAAAGGCCUUUUCCACUUGUUCUUCACACAUGAUUGUCAUAUCCAUUUCUUAUGGCAGCUGCAUUUUUAUGUACAUUAAUCCAUCAGCAAAAGACAGGGUGUCUUUGAGCAAGGGUGUAGCUGUGUUAAACACCUCAGUAGCCCCCAUGCUGAAUCCUUAUAUUUACAGCCUAAGGAAUCAACAAGUCAAGCUAGCCUUCAUGGAUGUUACAAGGAAGAUUUUAUUUUCUUCAAACAAGUGA